AUGCUCCCUGGUGCCUGGAGCCUGUCUGGACCGUCUGGGUACCCCCGGGGCACGUCGACUUCCUGCCGCCUGGCUGGCCACCUGAAACCCGGGGGGGGGGGUGGGGGGGGCUCUCGCGCAGUUGAAGAUGCAGUGGGGUUUCCCUCUCGAGCCCAUUCCCCACCACGUCUGCUCAGCCCACCUUUGGUGUUUGUGGGUGCGCCGGUGGAAAAUUGCCAUGAGCGUGUGUCCACCAACCUGUGA